AUGUCGCUUCGCCAGCUGCUGGUCGACGCCUGCGCCGCAGACUCGGUCCUCCGUGCCGAGGUCACCCGUUCGGUGGCGGCUCUGCUCUCGGCCAAGUCGCGGACCUCGGGCGGCACAAGCCCGGUCAAGCAUGUUCAGCCCGACGAUUCGCCGCUGGACGACCCGCGCAUGUCCCGCCGCCCGCCGUCGGCGGCUGCCUCGCCCGCUGGCCGCCGUCGUCCACCCUCUGCUGCAUCGGCCGCCUCGCCGUCCUCGCGCCCGCGAUCGAGGGCGUCGCGGACAAAGUCGCGCAAGACUGGCUCGCCUGAGCGCGGUUCGCCCAAACGGCGCGGCGGCCUGUUUGACAGGCUCCCGCCCAAGGCUCUCCGCGUCCGCGCCUUCCGCAACGGCUACGACAAUGACAAGGACGGCGUGUCGAUCGCCGCCAAGUCGCUCGACCAGCUGCUAACGCUCGCCACGGCCAAGCUCAACCUCAACUCGGCCGCUCGCAGAAUUUUCCGCGCCUCGGGUGUCGAAGUCAAGGAUAUGCCUGCUCCAGCGCCCGCCGCCGACGCCGACUCUGACGCUGAGACCAGCAGCCCAGCUGAGAGCCGCAGCUAUGCCACCUUUAGCGACCUCGCCGCCGACGAGCCGGUCUUUGUCUCGAUGGGCGAAGCAUGGGUUGAUCCCAAGAUGCGGGGUAUCCGCCGAACGGUGGUCUCGACCUCGGGCGUCGGCUCGGAGACUUCGCCAUCGAAGCGGUGGGACCGGUUUACUCCGCCGGCCAAGACCUCGGUUGUGGCCUUUAAGAACGGGAGCCACGAGGACUUUGAGGGCGUCCGCAUUCCAGGCGCUUCGGUUGAUGAGCUCCUCAUCUCGGCAACCGCCAAGCUCCCACUCACUACCGCAGGCCGCGCGCUCUACCUCGCCGACGGCUCGCGGGUUGUCGACUCGCUGCCGCCGGGCACGCCUGCUUACGCCUCGCCGUCCCGCGGUCGCGCCUCGGUUACCGCGCUCUCCGGCUCUGGCUCUGACUCUGGCGAGCAGAUUCCUGAUGCGAGCGACGACGACGCACACGCAGACGGGGCCAGCGGGUCGGUGGCAUCGCCAACGCGGCGGACCCACAAGAAAGGCCGCGAGCCGCUUGUCCUCUUCUCAGAGCUCGAGUCUGGAACUCACGUGUUUGUUUCGUGUGGCGAGCCGUUCCGGGUGCCUGGCGAUCUCAAGCCCAUCAUCUCACUCAUCCGCCCGCUGCCAGCCGACUCGCGGCUCCUGCCGCGGCCGGCCAAGUACUUUCAAGUCCUGCCAAACGGCAAGCUGCCGAGCAAGUUCCACGCGCCGCGGAUCUCGGGCUUUUCGCUCGAGGAGCUCCUUGCCGCCGCAACCUUCCGGCUCGGCUUUCCGACUCAUGCCUCUGCGCUCUUCACCGAGGACGGCGCCGUCGUCGUCGAGACUCCGCCGGAGCACCUACUUCGUCUCGAACGACAGGAGCAGGCCGCCAUGGCCAAGGUUCGCAAGUCGAUGGCCGAUGCCGCCUCGGCCGCCAACCAAGACGCAGCGUCGGAUGGAGGCGCGAGCAAGCGCAAGAGCAAGCGCAAGAGCAAGAGCAAGCGCAAGCGCAAGAGCAAGAACAAGAAAAAGUCGUCGCACUCGGCUUCCGGCUCGAGCUCCUCCAACUCGGGCUCAGGCUCAGGUUCAGGUUCCAGUUCGGGCUCGGGCUCGGGCUCAGGCUCAGGCCCCAGUUCGGGCUCGGGCUCGGGUUCAGGUUCAGACUCGGGCUCGAACUCGCACUCGGAUACCGGCGGCAGCGACAACGGUAGCACUGCCGGCGACGCCGGCCCUGUUGCGUUUGAGGACUUUGAUGUGGGCGAGGUCCGCCGGCGGUACGUACUGCUCAAGGAACUGCAGUCCGGGACCAUGCUUUGGGCAUCGCGGGGCGAGCCGUGGCUCCGACCCGGCUCGCGCAAGCCACUGACCAAGCGGAUCCGUCCGCUGCCGGAGGACUCGCCGCUCAUUCCUAAGACUAAGAAACGGCUGAUUGUGCUGAUGAACGGCGAGAACCUGCUGCGGAAGGGCAAGCGCAUCUGCGGCAACACGGUCCAGGAUAUCCUGCACCAGUGCCACGAGCCGCUCGGCAUUGCCGGUCAGCCGAAGCUCCUGUUUCUCGGCGAUGGCAAGAUUGUGGUUGACGAGUACGACGAGAAGAACCCCGGCCGCAUCCCGCGUCCGCCCAAGUCGGUCAACCCGAUCGCCGAAGCAAAGAAGCAGCUCCGCGAUGCCGAGCCGAUCACGCCUGUCCGCCUCCAGCAGUCGUCGCAGUACGGGCGCGGCGUGCUUGCCGACGCCUCGUGGCGCGGUCAGCCGCAUCUUCGGAUCGGAAACUCGCUGCUUCACGCUGCACCGCCGCUCAACUUUGGCAUUGUUCGCGGUGGCCGUGAGCGUUGUGUCAAGCUCGCUGAGCUGGGCGACAAGGCCCUAGUCUGGGUCUCGUGCGGCGAGUCGUUCAAGUCGCUCGUUCCCUCGCAGGACAAGUACAACCCGCAUCCCAACGUGCCGACCAUCCGACCGGACUCGCGCCUGUUGACUCGCAAGCGGACGCGGGUCUUUGCCUACAAGAACGGCUGGUUCCACAAGGGAACCGGCCACGCCGUUGUCGGUGCCACCCUCGAUGACCUCCUGAACGAGUGCACCACCGCCCUCUCGAUGAUCCUACCCGCCACCAUCCUCUACACGGAGGACGGCGAGCGCAUCACCGACAUCACCAAGCUCGAGAAGGACCAGAUCGUCUUUGCUGCGCACACCCCGCCGUUCCGCCGCACCGACGAGCCGCUCGUCACCAACCCGGGCAAGUAA